CAAACAGUUCAUGUCCAGCGCCUGCUAUUCCAAGGCCCAUGAGGUCAGCUGGGAAGAAGACAGGCCCGUUUGUCUGGGGUCAAGACCAGGCCAAGGGGAUGAGGCUACCUCUGCUCUGUCUGCCAGCAUCUCUGGAUUUUCUUUAGAAAAGCCAGGACGUGGUACUCACCAGCCCCUCUUGAAGGCAGCAUCCCCGGACAGACCCUUGAGCCUGAGAUUGGCGGGAACUCUGUGUUGGGCACAGCUGGUCCACAGUCCAUUGCCUGCCAGGGGCCAAGAGCGGCUCUGACCACCCAAGGACUCUCCCUCCCAGCUCAAGUGCUGACAACUGACCUCUGACUCCUGACCUCUGGCCCCACCUUUCCCACCCUGCUCUUCCUAAGGGGCUGGGAAACCCCUAGAAAGUUCGCUGUAGACGUGGGUAUUGACGCCUGGCUCAGCCCGGGAGCCGAGGCCGUGCAGGGGGCUCCGUUCUCAGCCCCCCGCUGGGCCACCAUGGCGCGGCGGCUCCAGGACGAGCUGGCCGCCUUCUUCUUUGAGUACGACACUCCCCGAAUGGUGCUUGUGCGCAACAAGAGGGUGGGCGUCGUCUUCCGCCUGAUCCAGCUCGUGGUUCUGGUCUACGUCAUUGGGUGGGUGUUUGUCUAUGAGAAGGGCUACCAGACCUCGAGUGGCCUCAUCAGCAGCGUGUCUGUGAAACUCAAGGGUCUGGCUGUGACGAAGCUGCCAAGCCUGGGCCCCCAGGUCUGGGAUGUGGCUGACUACGUCUUCCCAGCCCAGGGGGACGGCUCCUUUGUGGUCAUGACCAAUUUUAUCGCCACCCCCCGGCAGGCCAAAGGCCACUGUGCAGAGAACCCGGAAGGGGGCACGUGCACGAAUAAUAGUGGCUGCACCCCGGGAAAGGCGGAAAGGAAGGCCCAAGGCAUCCGCACAGGCAAGUGUGUGGCCUUCAACGACAUCGUGCACACGUGUGAGAUCUUUGGCUGGUGCCCCGUGGAGGUGGAUGACAACAUCCCAUGCCCUGCCCUUCUCCGAGAGGCCGAGAACUUCACUCUCUUCAUCAAGAACAGCAUCAGCUUUCCACGCUUCAAGGUCACCAGGCGCAACCUGGUGGAGGAGGUGGAUGCCGCCUACAUGAAGACCUGCCUCUAUCACAAGACCUUGCACCCACUGUGCCCAGUUUUCAAGCUCGGCUAUGUGGUACAAGAGUCAGGCCAGAAUUUUAGCACCUUGGCCGAGAAGGGCGGGGUGGUAGGCAUCACCAUCGACUGGCACUGCGACCUGGACUGGCAUGUGCGACACUGCAAACCCGUCUAUGAGUUCCACGGGCUGUAUGAAGAGAAAAACCUGUCUCAAGGCUUCAACUUCAGGUUUGCCAGGCACUUCGUGGAGAAUGGGACCAACUACCGGCACCUCUUCAAGGUGUUUGGGAUUCGCUUUGACAUCCUCGUGGACGGCAAGGCUGGCAAGUUUGACAUCAUCCCCACCAUGACUACCAUUGGCUCUGGGAUUGGCAUCUUUGGGGUGGCCACGGUCCUCUGUGACCUGUUGCUGCUCCACGUCCUGCCCAAGAGGCACUACUACAAGCAGAAGAAGUUCAAGUACGCGGAGGACGCGGGGCCAGGGACGAUCUACCUGCUUGUUCACCUCCUGUCCCCGCUUCCCUCCCGAGUGAGCAGAGGAGUCCUCCUUGGAAAUCACACCUCACCCAGCCUGGAGGCUGCUGCCUCUCCUCUCUCCGGCUCCUCUUCUGCCUCCUCGCAGCCCACAUUUCCCUGCUGCUCUGCCUGCUCUCCGUUCACUGCCACCAGCAUGCCGGAAAGACCAGUCUACACUUCCCUCUGGGUCUCACCCUCUACAAUUGGCCUCCAGCCCCUACCCCCACUUCUAGAUGCCCUUGCCAAGGUUACCAGUGGGUCCUUGUUGCCAAAUCCAAGCGGACACUUCAGCCCAUAUCCUGCUCAGCCUAUCAGCCUCUGACACUGUUGGCUGAGCCCUCCUUUGUUGAAAGAUUUCCUUCCAGCAGCUCCUAGGACCCACCCUCUCCAGAUUUUCCAGCCAGCCUGGGGUGUAGGGAUAAGAUAGUUUUCAACUGCAACUCUGUCACUGUGUGUCCUUGGGCAAGUUGCUUAACUCUCCAAGCCUCCUCUGUGAGUCAGGGAUAAUAAUAGCCUCUACUCAGGUUGGGGUAAGAUAAGAUGUGUAAAGUACCUAGCACAGAGCCUGGCACGCAGUACUGCUCUGCCCCUGCCUCUAUCCUCUCUUUCAGUGGCGGAGUCAGCUAGCUGUCCCCAGGUUCUUGGCUGGGUAUGUGGCUGCCUAGAAUGGAAGCUGCAUUUCCCAACCUCCUCUCGCAGCUGGGUCUGGUCAUGUGACUGUUAUAGCUAAUUGGAUGUAUGUGGAAGUGUCAUGUGACGCCUUCUGGGAACUUUCCUUAAAAGAGAGCUGGUGCAGAUCCUUUGCCCUCUUCUUCUUCAUCCUUGUCUCCAUCCCACUGCCUGGAAUGUGUACAUGAUGGUUGGAGCUCUAGCCACCAUCCUGAAUCACGAGGACAAGAGUCAAAUCCAGAAGUGGCUGGAGUAGUGAGUGGAAAGAGCCACAUCUGGGAGGUCUUUGUGGAGCACAGCUGACAUACUGUUACCCCAAAACUGGGUUCACCUUCUGGUGGGUGUUGAGCCAAAAGACACAACCAAGCCAAAGAGUGGGAGAAGGAGGACUUAUUACUUGAGGAAAGUAAGGAGAACACUGGGCAUCUUUCCCAAAGCGGUGUCUCCCCGAAUGGCAAAACUGGGGAAGUGUUAAGCUACGGGUACAUGCAUAUUCGUGAAGAGGCCCGGGCAGUGUACGCAUCAUAGAAUUGGGGCAAAGGUUGACAGAAGCGUCAGAAAAGAUCAACAUCAUCCCUCAGGUUCUAGUUGAUCUGGUGGUUGAAGGGGGUUUAAAUUCUGCAAAACAGCUCUUUUAAGAAAGUACUUCAGGCUAAUCUGAAGUACUCAAACAGAACUGGAAGUCUUUACAACUGCUAUAUUAUCUUUGCUAUUGUUAUUUCUCCACCUGAUAACAGCUGUUUGUUCCUGCAUUCUUUUGUUCCCUUAUGAUCAUUAAUUACUGAGACCUGUUCAAGGACAAGCAUUGUGGCCAGGCUUAGAUUACAAAAAUGGCUUAGUCCGAAAAUGGCUUCUCUUGUGUCAAAAUGCUACAUCUGGUUCUUUUCCUCGGGAACCCCCUACCCCAUCUGCUUACAAUACCAGCCCAGGACUGUCUUCCCUGAGGCUCUUACAUGGAAUUUCUGUUAUCUAAGUCAAAACUGAUCCUAGCUGGUACAGAAAGUUUUCCCCCUAAAAGCAAGUGUUCUGUGCUCAGCCCCUGUUUAUUUGCCCUGAAGUUAUCUCAGCCUUUCCCACGGCCCUACUAUGGAUCCCUUCGGACAACUCCCAAAACUGUCUCACUGGCCCAGCCCUCCUUCUGGACUCCAACCACACACAUCCAACCCCCUAAUUGCCAUAUCCAAUUAAUUAUUCAUUCGACAAACAUCUUUUAAGCAACGUGUCAGGCUUUGUGCUGGAUGAAUCAGGCAUGGUCCUUGCCCUCAAGGAGCUCCCAGUCCAGAGGAGGAACAGGCAGGUAAACAGAUGCUCACUUCAAGGAAGUCCCUAAGAGGACUUGCUAACCCACUCUGGGCAGUGAGCUCAUAGGGAAGUGUUUCUGGCAGAAGGGGCAUUGGAACCAAGUCCUGAAAGGAGUGAGGCAGGUGAUUAGGACUUGAGGUCAUGGAGGGCCUGAUUAGAUCUGUUCUCAGGGUACUGGUGAGCCAUGGAAGAUUCCGAAGCAGGAGCUGACCAGUUGGACUUGUGUUUCUAAAAUAUUACUCUGGCCACCAGGUGCAGAAAAGCAAGUGGGUGGGGGCCGUGCGGGAGGGCCAUGAGGCUGCACGGGGCUGGGAGGCCAAUGAGGAGGCUGCUGUAGCAAUUCAGGUGCAAGAAGAUAGUGACCUGAGCCAAGGGAGGGGCAGAGAAGCAGAAAAAAGUGGAUGGAUUCCAGGGAUAUUUAAGAAGCAGCCUGGGCAGGACUUGGUGAUCUACUGGUUGGAACAGGUAAGCAGUAGGCUAUGAUGACUCCCAGGUGUCUGGCUCCAGACUGAGACAGGGACAUAAGAGGCCAGGUUUGGGGGAGUGAUAUGGGGCUCUGUCUUGGACAAGUGGUGGGGUGAGGUGCCAGAGGAUAGGUACACAAGUGUAGAAUGUAACUGAACCAAGAGUUGAUGAGCUCGCCAGGGGAGAGGUGGGCUACCACGAAGGUCAAGACGUCGUGCCCCAGCUCGCCAUUCCUGCUGCCUGCUCACAGAGCCCUUCCCCAAAUGAGAAUCCGACUAUGACCCCAGCAUUCUGUUAAAACCGCUUCCCGUUUCCCCUACACCUCACGCAGCAGAAGGCUAAACUCCUGAGUCUACCAUUCAAGGCCUUCCUCCCAGGCCCUCGGCCCGGGCCCCAUCCCUCUGAUGAUCUCGCUUCGCCCCUCCCCUAG